AUGGCGUACGUCAACUUACGCAAGGGUUACCAAGUUGUUAAUCUACAACGCGGCUGCUUGGUUGUAACGGGUACGCCCAUGCACGAAUUCCUCCACGCCGCCGGCAUCUUCCAUCAACAGUGCAGAAUUGAUCGCGAUGAUUACAUCUUUGUUCAAUUAAAAAAUACGGUUAGUAGUUAUGCUCAUAACUUCAAAAUAUUUCGGAGCAAGUUCCCUCUGUUGUGGUUGCAGGGUCUCCCCUACGACUAUCACAGCGUCAUGCAUUACGGGAAGAAAGCCUUCUCCUCAAAUGACCAGAAUGUUAUUGAGGUCAAAAAGAAGGAUUUUGCGGGAUCUUUGGGACAGAGACCCACUCUUUCACGCUCAGACAUAGCCAACCUGAACCGUAUGUACGAGUGUUGGGACCACUACCUGGGUGACGACAUCCCCGGUGCUAUUCCCUACAAGGAAUACCACGCAAGGUUCGUCAAACCAGACUCCACAAAGGUUCCUUCACCGUCCUUCCAAAAGUGGAUUGAUCACAUAAAAUCAAAAACUUAA